AUGGAAACAGGCUCUGAAGAGCUAGAGCCAGACGGUGACGUCGAAAUGACUGAGGACGAAGAGGGCAUGCAGUGUUCAGAACAUGCGAAGUUCCUCCUCAUUUCUGAUGUCUCUGACUUACGACUGAAGUAUAAGAACCAUUUGCAACAAAUCUCCUCGUGUUACUGUUAUUACUUCGGAUGUGACGACAGGAGAGCCGUACAGCUUUACAUUGAUACUUUGGAACCUGAACUUUACCUUUGA